AUGCGCAUCCGCUCCGCGCCGCCACCUCUCAUGAAUGUGGCGCUCCUGAAACCCACGCGGGCUUCCACCACCUUGGGCCCUGGAUACGCAGUGGCUCGAGCCAACGAUGGAUCAUUGAACGGAUUUUUCCACUCCGAUAAAGAGGAUUAUCCGUUCAUGGUGGUGGACCUGGGCACAGCCUUCAGCAUCGAGGGAGUUAGGAUCUUGCCGAGGCUUAACUACAACUCGACACGCUUCUCGGGCAUUGAUGUGCGAACUGGGCUGACUGAGGUAGCUGGCCCAGACUUCGGAUCGUACUCUCGGCUGGUCCUGUUUCCUGGGCCAGUAUACGAACCUGUGACCUGGGUCGCUCAGAACCUCACCCAGCCAGUUCUGGGACGCUUCUUGUCUGUGCAGAGAACUGUACAGACAGUCAGCGCAGACGCCUGUCUCGAGAUCACCGAACUGGAGGUGUUCGCACGCCAGGCUAACACUGUAUAAGCGCAUGAAUUGAAUACUCUGCUGGAAAUGAAUUAAUGUUUAAAAAGCCUACUUCUCAUUUAAAAUAACAUCAGAUAUUCCAGCAGGAAAUUUUAUUUUUAAUGGAAAAAACGUCGUUAAUUAACAAAACCACCCCACGUUGUGUUUCUUUUGUUUUAUUUUUUAGAGAUUAGAGUUUAUCAUCAGGAGUUUGGCAGUAAGAUAAGGUUAUCAUGUUUUUUAGAUAUGCGUGGAUGUUGAUGGUCAAGGAUGAUUUUGAAGUUAUACCCAAAUUUACUCACAAUGAAUAUUUAUUCCUAAU